ACACAGCCCAAUCCAAAACGAGAGAACGCUCCUCGCGGAUCGAGCGCGACUCCGCUCGGCGGCGGUGAGAUUAGCACCGCCCCUCUCCCUUCCUCGCUCGAGCCGAAGAAUCCAAUCCCAGCGCACGCACGCACGCACGCACGCACUGCAGAUACAACGAGCGCAGCCGCACUCGCGCCCUCCCGGCGCGUGAAUUCCCGCCUCGCCUCGAGCAGCGGCGGUUCCUCUUCCGGGUCAGUGGCCUUGCCCGUAGGAAUUGUUCUCCGCCCAUCAUUUUCUGCUUAGUGAAUUGGGUUGUCGUUGUUGUAUCUGUGGCUUCUGAAAAACCCGAGCUUGUUGUCGUGCUCCGCGUUGUUGGGAUGGGGAGGAAGAAGCAAGCUCGGCCGCGUAGGUCGGGUGUGAUUAUUACAGACGGUAAUGGCGAAGGCGGCAGUAAAUCAGAUUGGGCUGAGGAAAAUGUUGGAGCAAAUCAGAAGGUACAGAAGGACGAAUUGGAUGUGAGUGACCCACCAUUUUUUGUCGAUGUCGAGUGCAAUUGUUGGGCAUUGGAUGAGCAUUUUGAUAUAUCUGAACUCGUAUUGACCGACUUGAAUAUAGGAGGGGGAUUUUCGGGUUUUAGAGUAGAAAAUGGGUUUUAUCAGAGUUCGGAUUACUCUUUUAGGUUCAGGGUGUGCAACGUGAAUGAGUUUGUGGCUCGAAUUAAACUGGGUCAUUGGCCUCUAUUAUCUGCUAAAGAUGUACAUUUGGAGUUGGUUGAGAAGCGCUCGGCUGAGAACAGGGAGAAUCAAAAGGUGGUUUUGUCGGGUUCUUUUGAUGGACCAAAUGAGGGAGUUUCUGGUCUUGUUCACUUGGCUAGUUUGAAGUUUAUGUCAGUCAGGCCACUUGAGGGGAUUGCCUUUUCAGAGGACGUGACAACUUUAAGGGUGAGGGUGGAAAUUCUCAAGAGGGCCUUCGAUGCUUGUGAGUCACUUCAGGAUAAUAUGAGGCAAUUGUGGAAAAAGAGUAUGAUCAAUGUCAUGGCUUGGUUGCGACCAGAGGUUAUGACUUCAGAGGCCAGAUAUGGAAUUUGUCAAUCUAGAGCAGUAGGAAAUGAUUUGCAUCCAGAUGACAGGGAUACCACCACAGUAAACCGGAAAGACAUAAAGUUUGACGUCAGUGGAUUUUAUGAGGCCAUCAAGCCGUCAAAAACGGAUCCAAUGCUCGAUGAAAACAUUCCCAACUUAAUUCCUAAGCUUCGGCCAUAUCAACGUCGUGCUGCAUACUGGAUGGUGCAGAAUGAGAAAGGAGCUUUAGGAAGUUUUGGCACCCAGGGAACAAGUCAGUUAGUUUCUCCUCUAUGUAUGACUGUGGGUUUUGUUGACUCCGGUUUAAAAAUGUUCUACAAUCCAUUCAGUGGUAAUGUGGCAAUGCGCUCAGAAGUUUUCUCUGAACGUGUAUCUGGCGGUAUCCUUGCUGAUGAGAUGGGUUUAGGAAAGACUGUUGAGCUGCUAGCUUGCAUCCUUUCCCACCGUUGGUCAGCAUCCAAGAGUGGAGCAUGCAUUAAUGAGGAAUCACAGCUGAGAAAAGAGAGUCAAAUUCAUAUUAAAAGAUUGAAAAGGGAGCGGGUUGAGUGCAUUUGCGGAGCUGUGACUGAAAGUUACCGGUACACAGGACUGUGGGUUCAAUGUGACGUGUGUGAUGCAUGGCAACAUUCCGAUUGUGUUGGUUAUUCAGCUAGAGGGAAAAAGGUGAAGGAUGGUAGUGGACAACAGAAAAGAGAGAAGGACAUUGAGAAGUCCAGAAGAAAGAAAAAUGUUCCCACUAUUGUAGAGAGGGAGGGAAAAUAUGUCUGUCAAUUGUGCUUGGAAUUGAUGAGUGUUACUGAAUCUCCUGUUCCAAGUGGGGCAACUCUAAUUGUGUGUCCGGCUCCUAUAUUGCAUCAAUGGCAAACUGAGAUUAUCAGGCACACAAAUACUGAUUCUGUGAAAGUGCUGGUUUAUGAAGGAGUGAAAAACACAUCCUUUUCUGAAGAGCCAGCUGUUGAAGUCGAUGAACUUGUUUCCUAUGACAUUGUACUGACAACAUAUGAUGUCCUGAAAGAGGACCUGUCUCAUGACUCUGAUAGGCAUGAAGGGGAUCGCCGCCUUAUGAGAUACCAGAAGAGGUACCCUGUUAUUCCGACUCCACUCACUCGAAUCUUCUGGUGGAGGUUAUGUUUGGAUGAGGCUCAAAUGGUGGAGAGUAAUGCUGCUGCUGCAACAGAAAUGGCAUUACGAUUACAUUCUAAACAUCGUUGGUGUAUUACUGGCACUCCCAUUCAGCGUAGACUGGAUGAUUUAUAUGGGCUCUUGAAGUUCCUUAAACUAAGUCCUUUUGAUGUCCCUAGAUGGUGGAAUGAAGUUAUACGAGAUCCAUAUGAGAAGAGAGAUGCGGGAGCUAUGGAAUUUACCCACAAUUUAUUCAAGCAAAUUAUGUGGCGUUCUUCAAAAAGACACGUUGCUGAUGAAUUACAUCUCCCACCUCAGGAAGAGUGUCUUUCAUGGCUUUCUUUCUCAGCUAUAGAGGAACACUUCUAUCAGAGGCAGCAUGAAACUUGUGUGGAUUAUGCUCGCGAACUUGUUGAGAGUAUAAAGGCGGAUAUUCUCAAAAGGGAAGCUCCAGGUAGUGCAUCUUCUGCACCAUCUGAUAAUUUAAUCACUCACGUGGAGGCUGCAAAGCUGCUGAACUCACUCCUGAAGCUUCGCCAAGCAUGCUGCCAUCCUCAAGUAGGAAGUUCUGGACUUCGCUCUCUACAACACUCACCCAUGAGCAUGGAAGAAGUCCUAACGGUUCUCAUUAGUAAGACAAAGAUAGAAGGAGAGGAAGCCCUAAGGAGGUCAGUUGUUGCUUUGAAUGGGCUUGCUGGUAUAGCCAUCAUAGAGGAAAAUCCUUCUCAUGCUGUGUCCUUGUACAAAGAGGCCUUGGAUUUAGCUAUGGAGCACUCAGAAGAUUUCAGCUUGGAUCCUUUGUUGAAUAUUCACAUCCAUCACAAUCUUACUGAGAUAGUUUUCAAGGCUUCAAAUGGAUCACCACAACUCCAGCUAAAUGAUGGACAAACUUCCGGAAGCCCUGGGAACAAGACCUCAAAGAGACCUUAUUUUGGAGAAUGCAAUGAUGAAUAUGCCACAAAGAGGCAAAAGUUGAAUGGAAUCGAAGAUGAUGGUUCUAUUUCAAAUACUCCGAAGCCACCUACGUCCACUUUUGACAUGUCGGCGGAUGCCUUAAAUGAAACAAAUGAGUGCAAUGCGAAGCCGUCUUUUGCGUCUAAUUAUUUUAGUUAUGAUCAUCUAAAAACAGUUUGUGAGACCUUCAAGCAAAAAUUCCUGUCUACUUUCAAUUCAAAGUUGAUCAUUGCUCAACUGGAAUUCAAAAAAUCAUAUGAGCAGGUCUGCGACACAUUUAGUGAAGUGAAAAAUCACCAUUCAGUGUGGUGGUUGGAUGUUCUUCAUCAUAUCGAACAGAGUAGGGAUUCCACGAAUGAGUUAAUAAGAAAGAUUGGUGAAGCUGUUCUGGGAUCUACUAACAAUUCGAGGUCAUCUAAGAUUGGUUCUAGCUUUCGGAGCAUCCACGGUCUAAAGUACUAUAUCCAGACUGGUCUUGAUUCGCUGGAAGUGUCUAGGAGAGCUGUACUUGAUAGACUCUUAGAGAUUGAUGAGACAAUGGACAAACCAAGGGAUGAGGACAUAGAGAGAGUAGGACAUUGCCAAAACUGCCAGCUUAAUGGUAAUGGUCCUGUAUGCAUUCUCUGUGAACUAGAUGAACUAUUCCAGAUAUAUGAGGCUCGCCUCUUUCGCCUUAGCAAUGCACGUGGAGGGAUAAUUAUGUCUGCUGAGGAGGCAUUAGAUCUGCAGAAGAAGAAAUCUGCACUUAAUCAGUUCUAUAGGACUUUGUCACAAGCAAAUAAGAAUUUGUCGUCUACGUCAAGGGAUGAGGAGAUUGCUGGAAAGAGAGAUACUGGCGAGAAAGUAGUGGUUUCUAAGUCUCCCUCUGAGUUGGAGGUUGUGCUUGGAGUUAUGCGGGGCUACAGCAAAGUGCAUUUGGGGAAAGAGGGUAAAUCAGCAGCCACCAAGCAAUUACGUCUUCUAGAGGACAUGAGGAAGGAGUAUGCCUCUGCAAGGUCUUUGUGCAUUGCUCAAGCUCAAGUUUUGCGAGCUCAUGAUGAGAUCAAGAUGUCAACCUCAAGAUUGCGCCUCAGAGAAGAUGAGAAUGAUAAAUCUCUUGAUGCUCUAAGUCUGGAAGAAUUACCUGCGAAUAAUGUUCAUUACUCAAAUGAGAAAUUCGUAUCUUUGGCUUUGUUAUUACGUAUAAAAGGGAAACUUCGUUAUUUGAAGGGUCUGGUGCAAGCAAAGCAGAAGGUUUCCCCUAUGGAACAGAAAAGUGAGCACUCAGUGAAUGCUUAUCAGGAAGCCUGCCCAAUUUGCCAAGAAAAAUUAAGCAUUCAAAAGAUGGUUUUUCAAUGUGGACAUGUCAUUUGCUGUAAAUGCUUAUUUGAAUUGAGUGAACACAAACAAGCUCAGGCUGGAGAGUCUCAGAGAAGAUGGGUGAUGUGCCCCACCUGUCGACAACAUACGGAGUUUGCAAAUAUUGCUUAUGCUGAUGAUAGACAAAAUAAAUUGCCUAAUUCUUCUGGGCUGCAUGAAUCUCAAGAUAGCAGAAAUGAAGCUUCUAUCACCGUCCAAGGGUCAUAUGGAACAAAGAUUGAAGCAGUCACAAGGAGAAUCUUGUGGAUCAAGUCUACUGAGCCAAAUGCAAAAGUUCUUGUUUUCUCUAGCUGGAAGGAUGUUCUUGAUGUGCUGGAGCACGCCUUCAAAGCUAACAGUAUCUCUUAUGCACGAAUGAAAGGAGGGAGGAAAGCGCACACUGCAGUCGGCCAAUUCAGAGGACAAAACCCCAGUGUAAAAGUAAAUACACGGGAGCAUUGCCAAGAUAUUCAGGUGUUGCUGCUCUUAGUCCAGCAUGGGGCCAAUGGGCUCAAUCUCUUAGAAGCAAGGCAUGUGAUUUUGGUGGAACCACUACUUAACCCUGCUGCAGAGGCACAGGCAAUUAGCCGAGUGCAUCGGAUUGGGCAAGAAAAUAAGACGCUAGUUCACCGUUUCAUAGUGAAAAAUAGUGUUGAAGAGAGCAUCUAUAAGCUGAACAAAAGCAGGAAUAGCAGUUCAUUCAUCAGCGGAAAUACCAAAAACCAGGAUCAGCCUGUCUUGACGCUUAAAGACGUGGAAUCCCUUUUUGCAGCAUCACCUGCCAACGCACCACCGACUGAUGUGAAGCCUGUGGAAAGCCUAAUGCAUUUGCCGCCUUCCAUGGCCGCUGCUGUCGCAGCUGAGAGAAGACUCCAGGAACAGACAGCUUCACAUAGCUCCUGAAGACAGAUCUUCUAGUAACAAUGUCACCCAUCACAAUGCACGCUCCACGGGCUCAUCACAGUUGGCAGUUAAAAAAGCUGAUCGACAACCUGCGUCCGUCUCACAGGAUGUGUUUUACCAGUGCUUUUCAUUCCAUGAACCACCCUCGCCUUGUACAUACCAUAAUUGCUAGCUUUAGAUGCCUUUACAGUGUCGGGUAACCGUGUAAAUCUAGUUAGGAAAUUCAUUUGUUAUCAGUGGACAACCUUGUCUAACUCAUUCUUUCGGCAGUCUUGCUCGUGCAAGAAUUUCUGGGUUCUAGUCAUAAUUGGUCGAAUCUUUUGCGUCGGUCUUUGUUUCUGAACUGCUGUCCUAUUUCAAGUAGAAUAAUUUAUUUAACUUAAUAAGAGGAGCUUGGUGCAAGGACUAUUCUCC